AUCCUACCACUCGCUUGUCCCAGUGGUAGAACCACUCACCACUCACCUAACACGAGUGCCAGUCGCCUCCAAACAGCCGUGACACACAGACGCUUUAUAUAUAUAGUUGUGAACCAUUUUUGUUGUGCAAAAAAUGUGAUUCCAUCGACAUUGAAGGGAUUUUGAUGUAUUUUGGAUAUUUUUUUGUGAACUUACUGUGUUGUUUUUGUGAAAUAUUUUAAGAUGGCCUAUAAAGUGCUCGCCUGUAUUUUGUUCCUGGCGUUCGCGGCAGCAGGAAAAGAAAAAUCAAGAUGGUCACGGCAACUUAGCUCUUAUACAUCAGACAUAAGCGACUGGGUACCUUUACCGGGUCCACCCGAGAGAGAACCAAUCCAAAUCAGACGUCAAGCGAUCGCAGAACCAAGGAUUCUAUCGGAACCCUUCCCUGGAUUUGGAAAACCAACUGGAUUCUCCCAAGAUGACUUCCCCCCAAGGCCCCUCUUUAAUGCGCAAACAAAUAGACAGCUUUACCUUCAAGCUGUACCGUCAGCACCGCAGAAUUAUCUCACAGACCAAGGUUUUGGACAAGGGCUUAAGUUUGGAUUAGCGCAACCCAACUCCCCUUUCAGUCAGGGCUUCGUUUCUCCACAGUUUAAUUUUGACACCAUUCCGCAAAUCAAAUCGAGACCCCCAACUAUAUCUAGUGCUGGCAAGUAUGAUGGUUUUUUGAAACCUCAACCACUGCCACCUCAAAUUAGACCACAAUUUGUAAAUCCAGCACCAAAGAUCAAACCUGAUGCUCCAAAAUUUGUUGACGGAUAUAGAAUAGUAAAUACUACUAAUUUCGGUAUGCCUAAGAAAGCCCCGAAUUUACAAAAGGUUAAAUUCGAUAACUUUGACAAAUCAAAAGAAUCUCAAGGUAAAUCUAAAGCGGAAAGGGAAGAGGUUCAGCUACUAUAUGUGCCAAUAGAGUCAUUGAAUAGAGGGCAAUUUAAUUUCAGGAGUCCACUGACAUCAGCACAAAUUGUAAAUACAGAUCUGUAUAAUCAAAACUUGCGGAUUAACCCAUUAAAACAAAAUCUCGCUGCGGAAUAUCAAAGGCCGUUAUCGAAACCUUUAGAAACAUUCAACUCACAAGAAGCAUUAAAUGACUUUAAUAGACAACUUAUUGGAUUUGAACAAAGCUCAAAGUUUUCAUCAUUGUCAUCGCCUUUUCCAACUGCUCCAUCUACAACACCAAAGCCGAAAAAACUGAAACCACAUCAACCACCAUUGGCUAUAUUUUUAGCACCAGAAUCAAAAGAAAGUAACGUGAAAGUUGGAGAUGUGUUGAAUUCCUUAAAAAAUGCUGACUCUGUGCCGGUUUUAGACUCAGUAAAUCCUCUUAACGCACCGAAAGUCUUUAUAGGACCGUCAAACUUAUCACCUCCAGAUAAUUAUGUCAAAUUCGAAUUGCCAUAUUUAUCAAACAUCGAUAACGUGGACAAGAAGCUACGUCAAUUGCCUUUUUUCGUGGCUCCUUUAAGUUACAACACUCCGCAAGGAUUUGCGAAGAUCCCAUUCCCAUCUCCACACGUUGGAUCGGUAGUGAUUAAUUCACAAAUAAAGGAAUCUUCUAGCACUCCUGCGCCGCAACCUGUUCCUGAAACAUAUGAAAAUCCAUAUAUGAGACCACAAGUUUAUAAUCGACCGCAGUAUCAACAAAAUACUGUGACGCAAAAACCUCAAGUUAGUUAUUACAGUACUGUUGCCCCAAAACCAAGCAGUCCACCAAAUUAUCAUAAUAACUACUACUCUAUUGAACAGCAAACAGUAAGCACUUUAUCACCGCCCAAACAAGCAUCGACAGUGAAGAGCCCUGCUAAACCUGGAUCCUACUUUUUAAGUAAUUUUGGUGAUCAGUAUACUCCAUCUCAAUACGUUAACUUCCCAGAACAGGUCAACUACAACCAACCACAGCGUGUCAAACCUUAUAGUGUUGUUCAACCCAUAGAAACAACAACUACACCAAGAACUACCGUAACAACGACAGCGAAAUCUUCUUCAACACACCCCAGCCCCCAACUUUUGGAAACCCAUAAUCCAUAUUCUAUUAAUCAUGCUUUCCAUUUCAAUACUCCAGUCGAUUAUCAAAACUUUUUCGAUGAAUAUAAAGAAACCCAUGCAACUCCGGGUACUUCAUCGUCUACUACUCCAGCUACCACUGUUGCUCUGACGGAAGCUCCAACUGCGCCAAGCACAACUGUCACACAAAUACCGAAACAAAGAUAUUCACAAUCCUAUGUACAAAACUACUCUCCUGAAAUCCAUUAUGAAUCUGAAAUUCAAUCCUCUAGACGGCCUACUUACCAGACAAAGGACUACACAAAAAUAAGGAAUGAACCAACACCACGCACAGAAUAUAAACAACCUGUAACAGAAGAUCUACCUUCACAAAACGAAUUGGAAAUAAAUAAAAUCAACUCAUUUACAGCAUAUAAAGAAAGUACAGAAACUCAACCUCCUAAAGAUGACACAAAUUCAGAGACCAUAAGCUAUGUCCCAGAACCGACAGCAUAUGAAAAACAACCAGCUGAGAUACCUCAACAAUAUAAUCAACAGGACGUAAACUACAGUUAUGAAGAAGUACAACCCACAGAGGCAAGUACUACAACUACAACAACUUCAACUACUAGGCGUACAGCGUUGAGGACAAGAGGUCGUCCCCGAUACACUACUGCCAAAACAGAUACAAAUGAAUAUACCACACGCGCUACACUAACAAGAAGACCUUAUAGAGAAAGAAAGCAACCAACAAAUAGACCUAAAUAUGAACCAAACAGAAUAACAACUGAAAAGACUGAUAAGGAGUAUUCCGAAAGUAUCGAAAGCACUACAAAAUCGCAAAGAAGUAGAACUAGAGGUCGUAUUCAAUACAAGCCUACAGGAAACGAUGAAAUUUCAGAAACAAAACGUGCCAAACAAAAAGAACAAGAUUUAGCAUAUCAAAGGGAUGUUUUACAUCAAAACUAUCCUGUGACACUAAUGGAACGUACUAGCACGGUUGAUAUUGAUGCUAUUACCGAAUCAACAGCAAAACUACAUAUAACUAACACUGUAGACGAAUCAAAAUCAUUUGAUACUGAAAAUGCCUACACCAACGAUAAACCAUCAAUCACUGAGAAUAUAAAUGCUGAAUUAGCUGGAGAUAUAUAUGCAUCUAAAGCCGUUUCUUCAGAAUCAGAAACUCAGUAUAGGCAACAAGGUAGUAGUGGUCACAAUGAUGAAUAUGUUUACCAGACAAAGAGUAGCAUAGGGCCAUCUGCUAAUGAAGAAAUUAAAGAACAACCUUCUGGAGAAGAAAAACAAGAAAAUGGUGAUGAUAUUUAUCAAACAAGUCCAGUCAGUCCAGUUACAGAGCAAAAUAUACCAAAUUAUUCAGCUAAUAAUGAAUAUCCAACAGAAAAACAAGUAAUAUCUGAAGAUGAAGAAACCAAAAUUCACAAUCAAGACGUAACAGAGAAUCAAAAUCAAGAAGAACAAGUUGUAGAAACGACGCCCUCAUACAAUAGAGUAAGGGUACGACCAGGAUUAGUGAGACAGUACCAAUCUUCAUCUACCGAAUCAACAAGAAAAACUGAGAGGAAAAAGUUAUCUCAACCAAUUACGUACCGGCCAGCAUUUGAUAGACGGCGAACUACAAUGCGUAUUGAAGAAAUCGAAGCUGAUCUAAAAACAAAGCCGGUCAACAGUCGAACACAAUAUGAUGACUACAGGCAUCCUGUUUAUAAACCAGAACCAACAACAGAGCCUCCCGCAACAGUUCCAUCGGCAGAAACAACAAACAAACGUGGACAAUUUCGACGAAGAAGACCCGUCUAUACAACCACCACAGAAGCAACAGCUAGGAAAACGUAUGAUGUUAAGAACAGAUUCCGCGGCCGACGACCGACUGAAAAGCCAACCGAAAAACCGGAAGUACAAACUGAUGUUGCGUCGUCAACUACUCCAAGAAGUCCGCUCUACAAUAGAUUUAAUCACAGAACAAAACUUUCUGAACGGUAUAACAAACGACCAGACCAGACACAGGAGGAAGCUGUUACCGAAGAUCAAGAACCCAAUUACUCCAUAAAUAGACCAAAAUAUGCUGCUCUAGACACUGAACGUUGGUCCCCAAAAAUUUCUAAAGAUACAUUUAAACCAUAUAAUCCUAAUGAUCUUAUUGAAGAAAACAAACCAUCUGAAACAAAGGUAAAAGAUGAAGAAUUAGAUAUCAUAACGGCAAGGAACGAAUAUGAUGACAUUUUAAUCUCUGUAACACCUGCGACAAAUACCAACAAUAGAGUCAAUAAGAAAAUCGCAGACAUUCCGUCUACACUUGAAGCUUAUGUCGAACAAAGUAAAGUAGCUAAAACAGAAUCGAAUGAACCAGUAUCUACUUUUGAAAGUAUGUUAGAGGAAGUAAUGAAAAGUUUAGAAGAACAAGAUGAAGAUGAAUAUACAAAUAAAGUAAUGAAACAUAAGGGAGGUGAAAUUGGAGAAAUACCGCCUGAAAAAAUAAUAACCUCUGGGGAAAAUUAUUCAUCUAAAACAACUACACCUAUACAAGAAGAAACGACUACAGCGGUACCAGCGACGGAUGAACUAGUUCACGAAGAUGAUGAGGACGCUAAUCGCAAGAACCGCCGUCGUGGCUUCUGGAAAAAAGUUAAAGUUCGUCCAAUAACAGAGUCCUUCGAGGUUGCAGAGUCGCAGUACUACCCUAAUACAGUAAACACACUUGGACAAAGCGUAUCAAAAAUAUCCUCUGAUAAAUCGAUUGAAAUCAACAAGAAAAAAAUGAAAGUAACCACAUACAAACCAAGAUUCCAAUUUAUAAAAGAUUUCUUUGAAUCCGAUGAUAGUGCAUUUGACCUAUCUGCAGAUAUUGAUAUACCUAAAAUAAAUGCAACACGGAAAUAUGACGAUGUAACUGAAAAAGUUGAAGCAAAUACUGAACCCGCCAUGAAAGAAACAAUCGCUGAUAGUAUUAGUCCUGGAGACAUGGACUGGGGUACCGGAUCACCCGAUCCGACACUAGAAGAUGCAUCUUUCUAUUCAGAACCUACACAACCAAGUAUAGAUAGAUCCGACGGCUUUAGCUUUAUGGAAUAUCUGUUUGGAGUGCACUCCAGCGAGGAAACACGACCAGUGAAAAAUGAAACCAGAGAAGAGUCCACCAAAGCAUCUGAAAGCGCAUUUGAAUUAGAGACAACAAAGGGUACAACGGACAGUUACAUACCUGAAGAGAUAACAGCUGAUACUGUCACAGAAAAUUCAGCGAUUACUGAAGAUCAGAAAAAUAUUAGCAAUGACGCAACAGAAAAAUCGCAGGCUGUUGAAAGUACAUCAGUAUCUAGUUUUAUGGAUCCUUCGAAUGUAAUCAGUACAUCAAUGUCUACAGAGGUGUCGCAUGAAACAGAAAUUUGCUUUAGAGGUAAAUGCAUUAAAACGAAGAAGGACUUAUUAUUAUAAAAAGUGCUAUUGAGUUCAAACUUAGUGUUACGGGAUCUAGUGAAAAUGUGAGAGGACACUCGGUGUAUAGACUAUGUUAUUAAACUUAUUUACGUUGUAAUGAAAUCAUGUAAAUAGCUGGCUAGCCCUUUACUUGGUUUCAUUUUUAUUGACUAGAAUUCUUAUUAAAGUCAAUUAACUUUGAAAGAUUGAGGCUCUUUAUGCUAACAAUCUCCAGAGUAUGGUUUAAGUUUACCAAUAUUUGCAUGAAUAGAAUGUUUAAGCAAACGAUAAUUUUUCUAAAACAUUUUUAAUUAAUUUUAUUUAUACUUAUUGUGGACAACCGUAAAGGACUAUAUUUGUAUUGUUAGCUUGUAAAGAACCAAAAUAAAUGAAAAUAAAUUUCAACAAAUUUUAAAAGCAUGUUUACAAGCAAGCACAUAAUUAUCCCAUGAAUAUAUACAUAUUACCAAGAAGUUGAGAAAUGAUAGAAUUUGUCUUAAAAACAUCCAGUGGUUAGGGUUGCCACAUUUCGAGCAAUUCAUUAUUUAAUUAACAAUAAAUAAAGUUUAGUGGAGAAUAUUUCAUUGUAAUAUAAUUAACUCAAUUAUCUUAAGAUUUUAUAUUUUUGUACUAUAGUAUUUGACUGAGAGUAUUGUGUAAUCAACUAAUGCUAAGCUUAUUAUAUCUAUUUAUUUAAUGUAUUUACUCUGUCUAAGGGUAUGUCAGUGAAAUAGUUUCUUACCCCACCCAAAGGUUUUAUUAAAAGACCACUGUAGUGGCUAUGUACCAUCAUUGUAUAUUUUUACAAUAAAAAAUAAUACAAAAAAAUAAAAA